AUGAACUUUGCGGAGGGCGAAGACUCUAAAAGAUAUUGCAUUAAAACCAAACAUGUGAUUAUUAUCUGUGCCGUCGUUGUGGGAGUAGGAUUAAUAGUGGGACUUUCCGUGGGUCUGACAAGAUCGUGUGACUGCAGUGGAGAUUCCGGCCAGAGCUCGACUCCGUCUCCUUCCACUGAGACACCUCCACAGGACCAGGGAGUCUGUCCUGCCAGUGACGACGAGAGUGGACAGUGGAAAAACUUCCGAUUGCCGGACUUCAUCAACCCUGUGCACUACGAUCUGCAGGUGAAACCCCUGUUAGAGGAGGACACUUACACUGGAAGGGUGACCAUCUCCAUCAACGUGAGCGCGCCCACCCGGCAUCUAUGGCUGCACCUCCGGGAGACAAGAAUCACCCAGCUCCCAAUGCUGAAGAAGCCCAACGGGGAGCAGGUACAAGUCAGGAGGUGUUUUGAGUACAAAAAGCAGGAAUACGUAGUGGUGGAGGCAGAAGAAGAGCUUCUACCCAGCACUGGCAAUAGUACCUACCUCUUGACCCUGGAGUUCGCGGGAUGGCUGAACGGCUCCCUAGUGGGGUUUUAUAGAACAACAUACGUGGAGAAAGGAGCAAUCAAGAGCAUAGCAGCAACUGACCAUGAACCAACAGAUGCCAGGAAAUCCUUCCCUUGUUUUGACGAACCCAACAAAAAGGCGACUUACACUAUCUCUAUCAUCCACCCAAAAGAAUAUAGCGCACUUUCAAAUAUGCCAGUGCUGAAAAAAGAGUCAUUAGAUGAUAAGUGGAAUCAAACCACUUUCCAGAAGUCUGUCCCCAUGAGUACUUACCUAGUGUGCUUUGCUGUACAUCAAUUUGUGGGCAUCGAGGUAUUAUCAAACAGAAAAAUACCUCUCACAAUUUAUGUUCAGCCAGAGCAAAAGGAAACAGCUUUAUAUGCUUCAAACAUAACUAAAAGCGUGUUUGAUUAUUUUGAAGAUUACUUUGGUAUGGAGUAUGCACUUCCUAAAUUAGACAAAAUCGCUAUUCCAGAUUUUGGCACUGGUGCUAUGGAGAACUGGGGCCUCAUCACUUACAGAGAAACGAACUUGCUUUAUGACCCUAAUGAAUCAGCCUCAUCCAACAAACAGAGGGUAGCCAGUGUGGUUGCUCAUGAACUUGUACAUCAGUGGUUUGGAAAUAUUGUAACCAUGGAUUGGUGGGAAGACUUGUGGCUAAAUGAAGGAUUUGCUUCUUUCUUUGAGUUCCUGGGAGUAGACCAUGCAGAAAAAGAUUGGCAGAUGCGUGACCAGAUGUUGCUUGAUGAUGUGUUACCUGUACAAGAGGAUGAUUCUUUGAUGUCUUCACACCCAAUUGUUGUCACGGUGACAACCCCUGCUGAAAUAACAUCUGUGUUUGAUGGAAUAUCCUAUAGCAAGGGAGCUUCCAUUUUACGAAUGCUUGAAGACUGGAUAAAACCAGAGAAUUUUAAAAAAGGAUGUCAGAUUUAUUUGGCAAGAUAUAAAUUCAAGAAUGCAAAAACAUCAGAUUUUUGGGCAGCACUGGAAGAGGCGAGUAACUUACCAGUGAAGGAAGUAAUGGACACCUGGACUAGACAGAUGGGUUACCCUGUGCUUGAUGUGAGAGAUAGGAAGAACAUCAAACAGAAACGUUUUCUGUUGGACCCAAAAGCUAACGCCUCCGAGCCACAUUCAGAUCUUGGCUACACAUGGAAUAUUCCGGUUAAAUGGACUGAAGAUAUUAUGUCAACUGUUUCAUUGUACAAUAGGUCAGAACGAGAAGGAAUCACUUUGAAUGCUACUAAUCCUAGUGGAAAUGCUUUUAUCAAAAUAAACCCAGAUCAUAUUGGGUUUUAUCGUGUAAAUUAUGAAGAACUAACAUGGGAGUGGAUAGCUAGAAAUCUGUCUGAUAACCACCAGAGCUUUUCUUCUGCUGAUCGGGCAAGUCUUAUUGAUGAUGCUUUUGCCUUAGCAAGAGCUCAACUUCUUGAUUAUACAACAGCUCUGAAUUUGACCAAGUAUCUUAAAACUGAAGAGGAUUAUUUACCAUGGCAGAGAGUCAUUUCAGCUAUAACCUAUAUUAUUAACAUGUUUGAAGAUGAUAAAGAGCUAUACCCUAUGAUUGAGGAAUACUUCCAAGGUCAAGUGAAGCCCAUUGCUGAUUCUCUGGGAUGGAAUGAUACUGGAGAACACAUAACAAAGUUACUCCGUGCCUCUGUGUUAGGGCUUGCAUGCAAAAUGGGAGAUAAAGCAGCUUUGGAGGAUGCUUCCCAGUUGUUUGAAAAGUGGUUAAGUGGAAGCGUAAGUCUUCCUGUAAAUCUUAGGCUUCUGGUAUAUCGGUAUGGGAUGCAGAAUUCUGGCAAUGAGACAUCAUGGAACUACACUCUAGAGCAAUACCAGAAAACAUCGUUAGCUCAAGAAAAAGAAAAACUGCUAUAUGGAUUAGCAUCUGUGAGAAAUGUCACCCUUCUGUCAAGGUAUUUGGAUUUGCUCAAGAACACAACCCUUAUUAAAAGUCAGGAUGUGUUCACAGUCAUCCGAUAUAUCUCAUAUAACAGCUAUGGGAAGAACAUGGCCUGGAAUUGGAUAGAGCUCAACUGGGAAUAUCUUGUCAACAGAUUUACCCUCAAUGACAGAAAUCUUGGCCGGAUUGUCACAAUAGCAGAAUCUUUCAACACUGAACUACAACUCUGGCAGAUGGAGAGCUUUUUCAACAAAUAUCCAGAAGCUGGAGCAGGAGAAAAACCUAGGAAGCAAGUGCUGGAAACAGUGAAAAACAAUAUUGAGUGGCUAAAACAGAAUAGAAACACCAUUAGAGAAUGGUUUUUGGAUUUACCUAGGAAUGGUUAA